AUGGAAAUAGACACCGGAUCACCGGUAUGCGUCAUACCCUGGCACGUCUACCAAAUGCACCGUGCUAAGUGGCCUCAAAUUGAGAAGACCAACCUGAGGUUGUCCUGCUACCUGGGACCGCUGCCUAUCGCUGGUAAGCUUACUCUUUCAGUUUUCUACGAGGGCAAGACUCUGACUACCACUAUCACUGCGAUUCGUCAUUCAGGGCCGUGUUUAUGCGGUCGCGACCUCAUCCGUGCCCUGAACAAUCUGGAUGCUACUGUCUUGAGCCUCAGCAGUACCAGCAGAGGAGAUGACAAGACGCUCGAAGAAAUUUUGUCGGAGUACCAAGACGUCUUCGAGUCAGAACUAGGCCUGUUCAAGGUUCCUCCCGUUCACCUCUACGUGAAAGACGGAGCGAUUCCGAAGUUUUUCAAGGCAAGACCACUGUCUUACGCAAUGCGAGACAAGGUAACUGAAGAGCUAGAAAGGCUAGUGAAGUCAGGCGUGCUGUCUUCUGUAGCUCACUCAGAAUGGGCUACGCCGAUUGUGCCAGUGCUGAAGAAAGAAGGAUCUGUCAGCAUCUGUGUCGACUACAAGCUAACCGUGAGCGCAGUAUGCGUCACUGAACAGUAUCCACUUCCAGUCAUCGAUGAUAUUUUCGCAGAACUGCCCAUCGGAGACGUCUACAGCACCCUAGACUUAUGCGACGCGUAUAACCAGCUUCCUUUGGAUGAGGAGUCAAAGAAGUUGACUACCAUCAGUACCCACAAGGGGUUGUUCUGCUUCAACAGCCUACCCUUUGGAGUGUCGUCCACACCAGCCAUGUUCCAGUGCACCAUGGAAAAUAUGCUGCGCGGUCUAACUGGCGUGCAAGCAUAUCUGGACGACGUCCUGGUGGCAGAAAGGAAAGGCGACAGUGGAAGCAAUCUUAAGCCAAUGCUCCAACGGUUCCGGGAAUGUGGCGUAAAAAUGCGGAAGAAUACAUGUUUCUUCAGGAAGUUGGAAGUAUCGUACCUGGGACACAAGAUCACCAGUGACGGACUUCAUCCGCUGGAGAAGCACCUGGAAGCGGUGAUGAAGGCACCAAGCCAGAAGAACGUAAGCGAGCUGCGUUCUUACAUCGGUCUGCUCACUUAUUAUAGCAAGUUCCUUCCGAGCAUGGCAACGAUGAUUGCUCCAUUGUAUGACCUUCUGAAGAAGGAUUGCCGUUGGAAAUGGUAA